AUUCACCUUCCAAACCAAACUAAACCAAACUAGCCCAAACGUCCUGAGUGAGUCCAACAACAGGAGAGAAGGGUCGAACUACAACCUGCCGACGCUCCACACACUGACCCUUCACCUGGAGACUCAAUGGCUUCCAGAUUAGAAGAGGAUCUCUGCUGUCCAGUCUGCCAUGCUGUCUUCAGAGAUCCUGUUCUUCUGUCAUGUAGCCACAGCUUCUGUAAAGACUGUGUGGAGAGCUGGUGGAAAGAAAAAGAAGUAAAAGAGUGUCCACUUUGUAAGAGGAGAUCUUCAAUGAUGGAACCACCUUGUAACCUGGUUUUAAAGAACCUGUGUGAGACCUUCCUACAGGAGACAGAUCAGCGCUCUUCACAUGCUCUCUGCAGUCGGCACUCAGAGAAACUCACACUCUUCUGUCUGGACCAUGAGGUGCCAAUGUGUCUCGUCUGCAGAGAUUCAAAAAAACACACAAACCACAGAUUCAGCCCCAUCGAUGAAGCUGCACAACAACCCAAGAAGCAGCUUCAGGAAACUCUGGAGCCCUUGAAGAAGAAGUUACAGUGUUUUGAACGUGUUAAAGUAGAGUUUGAACAAACAGCAGAACACAUUAAGGUCCAGGCCGGUCUCACAGAGAUGCAGAUCAAGGAGCUGUUUAAAAAAUUUCAUCAGUUGCUGGAGGAGGAAGAGGAAGCCAGGAUGGUUGCACUGAGGGAGGAAGAGGAGCAGAAGAGUCAGAUGAUGAAGGAUAAGAUUGAGUCUCUGAGCAGAGACAUAAUGGCUCUUUCAGACACAAUCAGAACCACAGAGGACGUGCUGAGAGCUGAAGACAUCUCGUUCCUGCUCAACUACAAGGCUGCAGGGAAACGAGUUCAGCAGCAUCCCCUGCUGGAUGAUCCACAGCUGGCCUCAGGAGCUCUGAUAGACCAGGCCAAACAUCUGGGCAAUGUGAGCUUCAACAUAUGGAACAAGAUGAAGGACGUGGUAUUCUUCAGUCCUGUGGUUCUGGACCCAAACUCUGCUAAUCCAGAACUCGUCCUGUCUGAGGAUCUGACCAGUUUGAGACACAGAGAGAGAGAGAAGCUUCCUGACAAUCCAGAGAGGUUUGAUUAUUACACCUCAGUCCUGGGAUCUGAGGGUUUUAACUCAGGGACUCACACCUGGGAUGUCCUGGUUGGAGACAGUAAACACUGGUUACUGGGUGUAAGAGCAGAGUCUGUCCAGAGGAAGGGAGACAAACUGUCUGGGUUAUGGGGAAUAUUGUUCUCUGAAGGUAAAUACACAUUAGUGUCAGCAUCAGCAUCAUCUGAUCUCUCUGUGAAGAAGAUCCAGAGGAUCACAGUGAAACUGGACUGGAACAGAAGAAAACUGUCAUUCUCUGAUCCUGAUACUAACAAACACAUUCACACCUUCACACACACUUUCACUCAGAAGAUGAUUCCAUACUUUAGCACUGGAGAUCACUUGAAGCUGUUACCUGUGAAUGUCUCUGUGACGCUGGAUCCGAGCAGUUAGAGAUAAAUAUUUUAUUCGUAAUGUUUAUUUCUUUAAGAGAAACCUGCUGAACUUAAAUGUUAAUCUCAUUAUUCUAAAGAGUUGUUUAUUUCUACUUUUACUUCUCACUUAUUUGUAUUUCAACUGUUGAAUUUUCAACGUGUUUAAAAAGAUUUAAUUAUUUUCUGAUCUUUAUCUUUGGUUUGUUUUUUACUUUCAUGGAAAAUGUUUACUAUCAUUUAGAUUUUGUGUGGAAUCCAUGAAGUCGAGCAAAUUUAUGAAAUCCAGAUAAAGAACACAUUUAUCAAUAACAGCUGAUCAUUGUUCACGUUCAACAAACUUUAUUAAAACUCACUCAUGAGACAUGAUUUGUGUUUUAUCACAUAAAGUCUGUUCACAUAUGAAAUAAUCCAACAUAUAUGAACAUUUGUCUGUUUGAUGUGAUGAAUCCAAAAUGAUUCUGUCCGUAAAAGUGUUUAUUCAACAGCAGCCUAGUGAUGCGGUUUUAAUAUUAUGAUAUAAAUAAUAAAAACUAUGAAACUGAGACAGAGUUCUGACCUUUUUUAAGUUGAAAUAUAAAUAGAACAUUAAACAAGCACAUGCAUUUUGAAGCGUAGGUUAUAUCUCCAUCUUGUAGUGAGGACGCUCAUAUCCAUAUGAAUUUGAUCUGAUGAAAGCCCUGGGACAAGGACGUCAAAGUCAAAAUUUCCAAAACGGCCAAUAUGGCCACUAAGUAAAAAUGGUGGCCUUCCUCUUGCUUUUUUCCUGAUUGCACCUCUGAUUUUUGUGUCAAGAUCAGUGAAAGCUAACUGAGGGGGAUUUCCUUAGAUGGCGCUGUUGAGCCAUUUUUCCACGCCCAUUUCAAAUUACUCCAGAACACAAUUACUUUUUGGGUUUUUGAAUUCCCUGCAAACUUUGGUAACCAUUUGAGCAUGUCUAGGCCCUGAAAAAGCCCCCCAAAGGAAAAGGGAAAUACAAUAGGGCCCCCCAACAGAAGUGCUCGGGCCCUAAUUAUCCUUACAAUUUCAAUAGGGCCUCCCACGGUCUCCUACUGUUCGGUCCUCGGGCCCUAAUUAGAAAAAGAAGAAGCUGUAAAAAGGAGAAAAUUGAAAUUCUCAAGCAAAGUUCUUCAGAAACUUAGGAAGACGUAUUUAAGAUGUUUUAAUUCCUUCUACGGCUCUCAAACGUUUCAACUCCUGUGAAAAUGACAUAACAGAUGAUGUAUAUUUGGAUUUUAUUCAAACUGCUUUUAGCCGUCACCUCCUUAUGUAAAGUCCUGGUAAUGGUCCUCAGGCUCUGAGGCUUACAGGGCUUCUGUGUAUCAUGAAAUACCUCAGGUACCUCUAAAUACACAAAAUAAAGACAAUAAUAACACAUUUGUGGGUGUUCUCCUGGUUCUGAUCUAACCAAUUAUUUUAACCAUUUUAUGUUUAAUUUAAUUGUCUUAAAUCUUUUCUCAUCUGUAACACCUUUCUUUUUGUAAUUGUGCUCUGAUGUUGUGUAAU